AUGUAUGGAAAAAUCAACCUCGAAGAAUGCGAUCUUCACCCUCGCCCUAUCAAGUUCCGUAUGGGGCUAAGUCUGGUCUCGGCCAUUGGCACACCCCACAGCGAUAUCCACCGCAACGUGAUGCAUCUAUCCAUUGUGCGCGGCGUCCUGGAGCGCAAAGUCCGAUCAUUUCUUGGGCGAUUUCCACGCCUCCAAGCCGCCAUUGCUUGGGUAUUCCCUGCCUUCGCUCUUCCAGAUAAUGUCGUCCUCAAAAAGGAGAAGCCCAACUGGGAAGAAGAGUAUGACAAUGAAAACGCCAUGUAUAAACGGCUACACAGUCUACAGGGGCGCACCAUCCCGAGAUUCUACGGUGAAGCGGUGUUUGAGGGUGCACGGGCGAUGGUGCUGUCAAGGAUCGAAGGUAUUUAUCCUUUCGAACAGCCGCUCCCGCCCCUCCCAGCCGACGACUUUAUGAAACUAGGCGAAGAGGCCUUGAGCGAGAUAAAUGCCUUUGGUCUUUCCUACGAUGAUAUCAAGUUGGAUAAUUUUCUUCUGGUGCAAGGACGGAUUGUCAUCGUGGAUCUAGAAUCUGUCUAUGAACCAAAUGUUGAUGACGCACAGGUGCUCUUUGAAUGCGAACGGAUAGAACUAAGGACGUUGUACGAUAGAUACUUGAAGAAUUAUGACAAGCAUUAA